AUGCAAGAUUCAAUCUUUACAAUCCCUAUUUUGCCGCCAGAACUCAUCGCUGAAAUCCUAGCAAGGCUUCUAGUGAAAUCCCUCUUGAAAUUCAGGUUUGUUUCAAAAUCUUGGCUUGGUUUAAUCUCUAGUCCUGAAUUUAUCAAGACUCAUCUCAGUAUAUCUGCUAAUAACAAGGAGUGCACUCACCAUAGGCUCAUGAUGGAAGUGAAUCAACCUAAUAACAAGCUUAAGGAAUGUUCUCUUAGCUCUUUGAUUUAUGAUGAAUCUGUUAUUGAGGCAUCUGACUUGGAUUAUACCAUGAAAAACUCUGGUGGAUAUUUCCGAGUUGUGGGGUUUGUCAACGGAUUGAUUUGUCUUGAAGGUGGGACAAGAAACUUGUUUCUAUGGAAUCCAACAAUCAAAAAGUACAAGGAAUUGCCUUAUUAUAUACGUAUAUUGAAGCGUAAUACCAAAGCCAUAUAUGGUUUUGGUUAUGAUGAGUUUCAUGAUGAUUAUAAGGUAGUAUGUGGAUUAUCAAUUUACCAACAUGGCAAUUUGCCUCUUGUUGAGGUAAAAGUAUAUAGUCUAAAGAGUGAUUCUUGGAAAAGCAUGGAUGAUUUUGAGGAUGGGGUACGCUUCAGGAAUUCGGGUCCAUUUUUAAAUGGGAAACUUCAUUGGACUACUUCUUGUGGUCUUGGCAAGUAUAGUCCUCGAGGGCCUUGGGGCAUCAUCUCUAUUGAUAUGGCUGAUGAGAAAUGGGAAAAGAUAGAGCCGCCUUGCCAUGGAAAAAAAGAAGAGUUUGGUUUUGCGCUAGGAGUGUUGGGAAAUAAUCUUUCUGUACUCUAUAUGAACUACCUCAUUCGCAUAAAUUUGUGGGUUACGAAGGAGUAUGGGAUUAAAGAGUCUUGGACAAAAAUGUAUACCAUCAAAUGUCUCAGUGAUCUCGAGACUUGUUUUCAUUUCCCAUCAUGUUACAUGUCAAAGAAAGGUGAAAUUCUGGUUCUUUAUGGAACAUAUGGGAUGAUACACAAUCAAGAGGAUACACCAUCGGUUAUCAAAAAAAUAUACAAUCCAAAGGAUGAUUCGAUUAGUUAUACAAAGGUUACAAACUUAUGGAUGACGGAAAUCUACAUUGAAAGCCUUGUCUGUCCCCUUCCACAAAACCAACCAAGGAUUUAG